GGGGCUGCGCGGUGCUCUAAGCGCAGGGGCUUUAGGAGCAUCUCGCUUCUGAUUCUGCUCUCUCGCUUCCUCCGUCGGUACUUCGCUGUGAACUCGAGAUGUUACCCCUCUUAUCUCCGCUCCGCCGCACCUUGCUCUCCGGCCCCCGGCUGGCGGGGCUUCGAUGGCUGCAUGCUGCCUCAGUGAAGGUGGCCAAUGAACCUGUCUUGGCAUUCAAUCCAGGCAGCCCUGAGCGAUCGGCCUUGCAGCAGGCCUUGAAGGACCUGAAGGACAAGACGGAAGCUGUUCCGUGUGUUGUUGGCGAUGAAGAGGUGUGGACCUCAGAUGUGCACUACCAAGUGUCGCCAUUUAACCAUAAGCACAAAGUGGCCAAAUAUUGCUAUGCUGACAAGGAUCUAAUCAACAAAGCCAUUGAGGCUGCCCUGGCUGCCCAGAAGGAAUGGGACCUGAAGCCCAUGUCAGAUCGGGCCCAGAUCUUUCUGAAAGCUGCAGACCUAUUGAGUGGCCCCCGAAGGGCAGAGAUCCUCGCCAAGACUAUGAUUGGGCAGGGCAAAACGGUGAUCCAGGCAGAGGUUGACGCCGCCGCCGAGCUCAUUGACUUCUUCAGAUUCAAUGCCCAAUUUGCCAUGGAGCUGGAGAACAAGCAGCCUAUCAGCGUCCCGCCCAGCACCAACCGGGUGGUCUACCGAGGCCUGGAGGGCUUUGUGGCAGCUGUCUCUCCCUUUAACUUCACAGCGAUUGGAGGCAACCUGGCAGGGAGUCCGGCCUUGAUGGGCAACGUAGUGAUAUGGAAGCCCAGCGACACAGCUAUUCUGGCCAACUACGCUGUGUACAAAGUCCUCCGAGAGGCGGGACUUCCCCCAAACAUCAUCCAGUUUGUUCCGGCCAGUGGGCCCGUCUUUGGAGACACGGUCACCAGCUCGGAGCACCUCUCUGGCCUCAAUUUCACUGGCAGCGUGCCGACUUUUAAACGCCUAUGGAAACAGGUGGCUGACAACUUGGAUCGAUAUCGCACCUUUCCACGUUUGGCAGGAGAGUGUGGCGGGAAGAACUUCCAUUUCGUCCACAGCUCGGCAGAUGUGGCCAGUGUGGUGAGCGGGACUCUACGCUCUGCCUUUGAGUUUGGGGGCCAGAAGUGUUCAGCCUGCUCUCGACUCUAUGUCCCCGACUCGCUGUGGCCCAAGAUCAAAGCCCAGCUCCUGGAGGAGCACAGCCAGAUUCGAGUGGGAGAUCCUGUGGAAGAUUUUGGAAUAUUCUUCUCUGCUGUCAUUGAUGCCAACUCUUUUGGGCGCAUCAAGAAGUGGCUGGAACACAUCCGCGCCUCCCCCAACCUCAGCAUCCUGGCCGGGGGCCAGUGCGAUGACUCUGUGGGCUACUUUGUCCAGCCCUGCAUUGUGGAAAGCAAGGACCCGCGAGACCGCAUCAUGAACGAGGAGAUCUUCGGCCCCAUCCUGACCGUCUAUGUGUAUCCAGAAGGCCAGUACAGGGAGAUUCUGCAGCUCGUGGACAGCACCUCCCCCUAUGGCCUCACGGGGGCAGUGUUUGCCCAGGAUAAGAAUGUGAUUGAUGAGGCCACAAAGAUACUGAGGAACGCAGCCGGCAACUUCUACAUCAAUGACAAAUCCACUGGCUCAGUGGUGGCUCAGCAGCCCUUUGGGGGCUCCCGUGCAUCAGGCACCAAUGACAAGCCGGGUGGCCCCCAUUACGUUCUCCGCUGGACCUCCCCCCAGGUCAUCAAGGAGACCCACUCUCCCCUCGGGGACUGGAGGUACUCCUACAUGCAGUGAGCCCCGUGGGCUAGCUCCUCAUCCGUCCAAGCUACUGACCAGCCUUCUGCCUGCACUGCUAGCUCCGACCUUCUCUCGCCCCUCUCUACCUCGAGCCUGAGCCUCUGCACACACAUCCCACAAGGGCUCCAGAACUCCCGGGCAAAGCCAGCUCUCCUCGUGCGGUCUGUGGAAGCCGGGAGGAGCACUUGGCCAGGGCCUCGGGAUGGCCCUUUUGGAGGGUUUGGAAACUCUUUGCACAUACCCAUCCCACCCCCAGCAGGGCUUGGUCCUCCAGGGCAGACGGCCCUCAUCGAAUGUCACCCGAGCCUUAAGAACUGCAGAGGAAGGGUCCCUCUGCUCUCCUUUAUCUCAGAAAACCACCUUUAAGGGUUCUCAGUGCCGGCUGCCUGUCUCGUUUCUCCUCCCCGCUCCUCGGGCUCUUCCUCUCACGGAUGGGCCCACGUUUGUGUGUAGGUAGAAGAGGAGUGGCCUUUCCUGCUCUCUGUGGGCCCUUCCCAGUCUGAGCCUGCCCGGAUGGCCCCCUGGCCAGGCAUCUGCCCCCCAGGCAUUCUGGUGGCUGCGUCUGCGGAACUCUACACUGGCCACAUGCUAGGGAUUCAGCCAACCCCUUCCUCCUGUCUUCUCUUGCCCAUGGUUUUGGGGUGAGGGAGGCUUGAAGGGGAGUCGUGUGAGGUUUAUGGGACUUCAGCCCUGUGCCUGUUCUCUUAUUGGCUAGACUUUAGCUCCUGUCGCUGGCAGGCCCUGACACAUCCUGCCCCUUGGAGAUGGUGAAGACUGGAGUUCCCUUUGGGGAACGGGCCAAGCACGCUCCCAAGACCCACUCUGGGCCCCACUAGUGGCCUUUGCAAUGGUUUGGGCUUCCCUUGCAGACCACUCGUGUGACUCUGGGCAAAUCACUUCAUCCCUCUGUGCCUUGGUUUCCUCACCAAGUGAAUUAGUCCAUUGGCCCUGGAUCCAUCGGAGGCAGCCAACUGGUCCCCCACGGGAAGGGUUCCCACAUUAGGUCUGAGGGGGCAGCCCUCGCCCAGGAGUAGGAGGAGCCAGUGCCCCGCCAAGGCUGAGGACACACGGCCUCUUCCCAGCGUUACUGUGUGUCCUGGGACAUCGCUAGCAGAGGUCAGGCCGCUGUCGAUAUUGGCCCCGAUGAGGCGGGCAGAGUUUGGCUGUUUUUCCUUUGUGCGAGCUGGGGUUUUUCUGUUUGGGGAUGGCGUGGAAGGAGGGUGGGUUUCCUGGUCCUGAACUGCAAUGUGGAGGGUGGUUUUGCACUGGAUACUUACAACCUGCUGUCUAAUAAAAGUCUGGAUACCUUU